CCGAGUGGCAUUAGCUUGUUAGUUCUACAACCUGCUGGCAAGUGAGUGCCUGUCUGUUUGCACGCUGAUAAGGCCUACAUGGGAGUCAAAUGGCAGCCGCUUACAUAAUUUGCUGAGUAAUCAGCGAAUCGGUCGAGUAACCGCAAGCCACUGCACUCGCAGUGCAAAUAAUCGAUUCUCAAGGCAACAUCUGACAGUUUACAACAGGUUGUAUGGUAUACCACUCAAUACACAUUCGAGUGUUAUCUCCCAGAAGAACGAAUGAUUUUGUCAAAUAAUCUAUGAAAAUGUCAGUUUUGUUUUCUCAUAGUCUUUUAUUCCAAUGCAAAACUUAUCUAGGCAGUACAAAUUUUUGGCACAGUUCAGAGAGAUGAUUAAAAAUAACUCAAUAUAGGAUUGAUUAUUUUCAAAACUUUUAGAACGUUUUUCAUUGUUGGGGCAAGCAACCAGAAAAUUAUUUUUUCUUUAUGGAUGAAAAAACGUGUGUCAUCAGAAAUAUUUAUUUAUUCUCAGGUAUUUCCCAUUGAAAUGCAAAUGGAAAUCUAUCAAAGCAUAUCUGAUUUACCGGCAACCUUCGAACGAAGUCGAACCAAUUUCAAAAUCAGCGUUGGGUGCUUAAGAGCCCUUGAAUCCAGUUGCCAAAUAUGAAAUGAACUACUUUCACAAUUAACUUGGCCAACUGAAAGUUGGGAUUUCGAUUCAGUUCAGUUAAACCGUUCAUUGGCAACGCAUCAUUGGAAACGAUAAUGGCAUCUUUUCUUGGAUUUUUCGGCAUAUUGGCUAUGCUCCUGGGAACUCUGGCCUUAGACGGCGAAAUUGUGGAGUCCGAAACCUUUGGACUCAAUUCAACUGGCCUUAAUGAAACUGGUCCGGUGAAAAUAAAUUUGAAAGACGUAUGGAGCUCCAAUGGAACGAUGCAGGCGCAACCGUACAACAUCCUGGAGGUCAGCUGCCCCCAGGGAUAUGUCCUGGCCAACAAACAUUGUCAUAGGAGAGCCUAGCUACUCCCUAAAUAAAUUGGAUUCAAAUCCAACAAAGAACGUUUGAAAACGUUCUGAAAUAAA